CGGUUGCUUACUGCUACGCUUGGUUUGCUUUGCUUACCAGAAAGAAAUUGGUUCAUGAUAUUCGUGUUUAUUUCGUAUACGAAGUGAUUUAGUUUAAAACAGAAAGUGCUAAUAUCCCUGAAGCUUCCAUCAUGAGUAAUCGGGAAAUUCAGGGUUCGACGAGGGUGACUAGGAAGGGACUCAAGACCCUGCAGCACACGGCUUCUGACCGAGAAAACUUAGUUGGCAGGCCUUCAAAAACUCUUAAGCAUCAACUAAGCCAGGAUUCGCCAGUUGAUGUUGAAGUAAAGCGCAAGAAUUUGUCGACCAAGGAGACUCAAGCCAACUUUGACACUAAAAUAUCUGCAGAUGACCUUACCAAUCCUGAAGGAGCAUCGGAGAAGUAUUGGCAAAUCCUAGCAGAGAAGCGCCAAGUUGCUCUACAAGAUGCGUUGGAUGAGAAUGAAAAGCUCCGCCAAAUAAUUGAGGAGCUGAAGGAAAAGAAUGCAGAAUACAAGCAGAUGUUGGAGGAGGCCAAUAGUUUCAUUGAAGUCAUCAAGGAGGAGUUGAAUACUGGCAGCAACGACGACACCGGUAUCGACGUGAACGAUGUCAGCACGGCUGACGAGACCACAGAAGACCCUGAACCCUCCCCAAAGACUCCCAAAAAGAAGUAACUUGUAGUAAUCUAGUUAUUAUGUUCACUUGAAAAAUUAUGACUCUGGGAAUGAACAUAAGUCCUUAAGUAUAUAAAAAUGGACUAGCUAUCAAUUGGAUUAUUGUAAUGUAACAUUUCAAAAACAGUUUUCGCCAGUUAAACAAUUGGUAAUAUUUUGAUUAAAAACACAAAGUAACAUUUAACUUUGAGUAUUGUUCAUUGCUGGCAGUUUAACCCGUUUUCAGGCAUAGUGCACGUAGCGACCACAUACUCGCCAAUAGAAUUUCAACCUUAGGAAUCCGAUUUAAGGUUCAUAUUCGAUUGGUCUUUCGGGAAAAGUUACUUAUCAUUAAAUGAAUCAUCAAAGCUGCAUACAUUUUUAUAUAUUAGCAUUUUUUGGAAAAACCUUGUAGUUUGGUGCGGCCUGGAAAAGGGUUAACAAUAAUUUAAUUGCAUAGUUUUAGGUUCCGCCAUCUGUUUAAAUAAUCUGAUUGGUAGUUAGUCUAUGUAUAUAUAUUAUGUAGUAUUAGUAUAGCACCAAAUAAGUACUUACAAAAUCAAUCUAUGUAUCAGGGGCUGUCCAUAAAUUACGUCAUCGAUUUUUGACGAGUUUUGACCCCCCCCCCCCCCCCCCCCCCCAAAAUCAUCCAAAAAUCAUGUUUCGAAUGACCCCGUUUCCUCCUACGUCAUGCUACCAUUGAAAUGACGUAAUUUAUGAAUAGCCCCUCAGUCAUUCUACACAGCACCUAAUUUUCCAGUCUUUAUUAUGUAUAAAUAGUUAGUAAGUACAAAAGAUAGUCUAACUUAAAUAACAAUAUUAAAAGUUGUGUAAUUUGAGUUAAUAUAAAUUAUCUUAGUUUACAUUUAAGCUGUCACCUCACUUUAUCAUAUUUUUCAAUAUUAUUUCCAAACUAAUGCAUUUGUCUACGAUUAAUCGACUUUCAGCCAUCUAAGCACUAAAUAAUGUGCCAAGUUUAUAUGUAGGUAGGUAAUUGUUUUUUCUAUUAAAAAUUUAAGCUCAACCUAGUGAUAGAGCAACUUUUUAGAAUGAAGUUUCUUUAGUAAUAUUAUGUGAGUUCCUCUAUUUUUCCUUUCCACAUUAUAUGUAGUUGAAAUAUUUAAAUAACUAAUAAAAAAAACUUUAAAAUAUAAAAGUGUUUUAUUCAUAAUUAAACUAUUACAUUAAUACAAUUGAACUGCCAGAAUAUGAGCACACAACCCAAUCAUUACUUAAAUGAUAAUAAGGUACAUUGAGGCAAAGAAUUAUUAAGGUUAAAUAA